AUGGCCAUGCAAGCUGGAAUAGGAUUAUCGAGGAUAGCCCUCGUAAUCGGAGCAGGUUAUACGGGGACCAUACUGUUGAAGAAUGGGAAAUUAUCAGAUGUUUUAGGUGAGCUGCAGAGUUUGGUCAAAGGCAUGGAGAAAUCGGGUGAGAUUGAUGGUGAAUCUGGUUACUCUGAUGCCAUUGCCGCCCAGGUUCGUCGACUAGCCAUGGAGGUUCGCCAGCUAGCUUCAUCAAGGGAGAUCACUGUUUUGAAUGGGAACUCUGGCCAAAGUAACUUGACAUCUCUAAUAGUGCCGGCUGCUUCUUUAGGAGCCCUGGGUUAUGGAUAUAUGUGGUGGAAGGGUCUUUCAUUCUCGGACCUGAUGUAUGUAACAAAGCGCAACAUGGCGAAUGCCGUGUCAAACUUGACAAAACAUCUGGAUCAUGUCUCCGAGGCUCUAGCUGCGGCAAAAAGACACUUGACUCAGAGAAUUGAAAACUUGGAUGGGAAACUGGACGAGCAAGUAGAAGUUUCUAAGUUAAUUAGGAAUGAGGUGAAUGAUGUCCGUGAUGAUCUAUCUCAUAUUAGCGUUGAUCUGGAUGAACUUCAGAGGCUGGUUUCUGGUUUGGAUGGCAAGCUGCUCUCUUUAGAAGGCAAACAGGAGCUUGCAAAUGCUGGGGUGAUGUACCUGUGUAGCAUUGUUAAUGGAAGGAAGGUCAAGAUGCCGGAGAAGAUUCAGGAUCAACUUAAAAUUGUUGGAAACUCGGCACCAACUGUAAUGGGUCUGAAAGAGAUUGCUGAUUCUCUUCUAUUAACAGAUGGAAAUGUGAAGAACAUGGACUAA